GCUGGCUGGAGCUCUCCUCCACUCCCCAGAGUCCAUCUCUUUGCCUCUGUGGUCAGCAGGGCUCACUUGACCCAGCCUGGGGAUGAGCUCCCUCGGCAGAACUGGGGCACCUCCAGCCAAAACCGUGGUGGUGUAUCGCAACGGUGACCUCUUCUUCCCUGGGAGGAAGUUUGUGGUCAACCAGAAGCACUUCCUGACCUUUGAGGUGUUCCUGAAUGAGGUGACCAAGAGCAUUCAGGCUCCCCUGGCCGUGAGGAACCUCUACACUGCCCGGCACGGCCACCGUGUGGCUGAGCUGCAGCAGCUGCAGGACGGCUGUCAGUAUGUGGCUGCUGGCUUGGAGAGGUUCCAGAAGCUCGACUACCUAAGUCAUGGGAGGAAGGAGCAGCGUGGGAGGAGGAAGAGAGAGGGUCUGCAGCUCCAUGCUGCAGCUCCCUGGAAGGGGAACACCUGGAUGGGAUGGCAGGAGGAUGCCCCCUUGCCCUGCACCAUACAUGUUUUCCGGAAUGGGGAUCUGCUGAGCCCUCCUUUCCCACUGCCUGUCUCCAGGAGCAGCCCUCUGCAGUGGGACACCCUCCUGGCCACGCUGACAGAGAAAGUCACCCUGCAGAGUGGGGCUGUUCACAGGCUCUGCAGGCUGGAUGGAACCCAGGUGUGCAGUGGAGAGGAGCUGGUGAAUGGCCAUUACUACGUGGCAGUGGGGAAUGAAGAGUACAAAAAGCUUCCCUACUUGGAGCUGCUGGUGCCCCUGGGCUCCAGGUGCAGGACCUUGUGGAACCAGCCAAAUACCAGGCACAGGAAGUACCACCAGGAGAAGGCAAACCCAGAGACCCAAGGAAGGAGAGGCAAGGUGCCCAGGAAGUAAAGGAGGAUGAACACAUGAGGGUGGAUGUUCCCAUCCAUCAGGGCUGGGAAAUGAUCUGCCCUGCAGGGAGCUCGAAUCCAUCGGUGCUGAGGGCUUUGCACAGCAGAGAGGCCACCUCCAGGGGCCAGCCCUUCAGAAGCAGCCUCUGAGACCACCACCAGCAGCAGUUCAGGGCAGUUUCCUCCCUGAGGUGCUGUCCCUCAGCUUUAGGAAGUGCUGUGCUGCUCUCCACGCUGUGUCAAAAUGAAAGCAACCAGCAGAGGGAACUUCAGUGACCAGAGGACAGGGUGGAACUUGCAGGGCUCUGCAUUUUAGAAAGCUGAGGGACUGCC